AUGAACCCUCAUCAAAUGCAGCAGAUUCGCACACCAUCACCUGGGAGGCCGUUGAACGGUUACCAACUAGAAGAUAAUCCAUACAGCCGUCCUCACCUGCCUUUGCCUAUGCCCUCGAGUGACCGCUUGAUGGAACAGCCUACAUACUCCGUGGAGAAUAUCCACAACUCAUACGGGCAUAAUGACGUUUACGAGCAAGACCAUAUCAACCCUCCUGUUCAUUAUCCUGGUUACGAUUAUACCGUCAAUCCGGAAGAACACCACGAUGCUUACUAUACAGAACCCUAUCAGCCCACGGCCGCCCCUCACGAGGGUUACGAUCUGGGGCACUAUCCUUCACUGGAGCAGAACAACCCAUUCGUAGACGACCGGGUUCCCAUGCUUCAAGAAGAGAACAAUCCAUACGGGCCGGACCCUUACAGCGGACAGGAAUACCAGGAUGAGCCGAGGAUAGAGAAUACCCCCAGCCCUGCUCCGAUCAGACGGUGGAAGACAGUCAAAGAAGUUCAGCUUUUCAAUGGAAACCUCGUGCUUGAUUGCCCCGUUCCUCCAAAACUUCUGAGCCAAGUGCCUCAUGCAGAACCCCCGGGCCGUGAUGAGUUCACACACAUGCGGUACUCCGCUGCCACUUGCGAUCCAGCAGACUUCUACAAUGAGCGAUUCACGUUGCGCCAGAAGCUGUUUGCAAAGCCACGACACACGGAACUCUUCAUCGCUGUGACAAUGUACAACGAAGACGACUUCCUCUUCGCCCGAACGAUGGUGGGUGUCUUCAAAAACAUCGAAUAUAUGUGUUCGAGAAACAACAGCAAGACCUGGGGCAAGGAGGCCUGGAAGAAAAUUGUCGUUUGUGUGAUCAGCGAUGGUCGUGCCAAGAUCAACCCGCGAACAAGAGCUGUUCUGGCCGGUCUGGGUGUCUACCAGGAUGGCAUUGCGAAGCAGCAAGUCAACGGCAAGGACGUGACUGCGCAUCUCUACGAGUAUACCACGCAGGUCGGGUUGGAAUUGAAGGGCGAGCAGGUAGUGCUGAAGCCGCGCAGUGGCACGCCUGUGCAGAUGCUGUUCUGUCUGAAGGAAAAGAACCAAAAGAAGAUCAAUUCCCACCGAUGGUUCUUCCAGGCAUUUGGUCGCGUCCUGGAUCCGAACAUCUGUGUGCUGCUUGAUGCCGGUACUAAACCAGGAAAGGAUUCUAUCUAUCACUUGUGGAAAGCGUUCGAUUUGGAGCCUAUGUGCGGAGGCGCUUGCGGUGAAAUCAAGGUCAUGUUGUCUCAUGGCAAGAAAUUGAUCAACCCUCUCGUGGCCACGCAGAACUUCGAGUACAAGCUGAGCAAUAUUCUCGACAAGCCGCUGGAAUCGACUUUCGGCUUCAUCUCCGUGCUUCCUGGUGCCUUCUCGGCCUACCGGUAUGUCGCGCUUCAGAACGACAAGAACGGCCAAGGCCCUCUGGAAAAGUACUUCGCUGGUGAGAAGAUGCACGGUGCAAACGCCGGUAUCUUCACAGCCAACAUGUACCUGGCAGAAGAUCGUAUCCUUUGUUUCGAGAUUGUCACCAAGCGCAACUGUCGAUGGAUCCUGCAGUACGUUAAGUCCUCUACCGGAGAGACUGACGUACCGGACCGCAUGGCAGAAUUCAUUCUUCAACGACGACGUUGGCUCAACGGCAGUUUCUUCGCGGCUGUAUAUUCUAUCACCCAUUUCUACCAGAUCUGGCGCAGUGAUCACAGCUUCAUGAGGAAGUUCAUGUUGCUCAUUGAGUUCAUCUACCAGUCGAUCAAUAUGAUUUUUGCUUGGUUUGCUAUUGGCAAUUUCUUCCUGGUCUUCCAUAUCCUGACGACAUAUCUUGGCUCUAGCGAUUUGCUGGGCACCGUGGGUAAGAUUCUCGGUGUGGUCUUCGAAUGGCUAUACCUCGCGACGCUUGUUACUUGUUUCGUUCUCUCCCUUGGCAAUCGACCGCAGGGAUCGAACAAAUUCUACAUGACAAUGGUUUACUUCUGGGUCUUCAUCAUGAUCUACUUGAGUUUUGCAGCCGUGUUCGUGACUGUCAAGUCGAUUCAGCAACAAAUAGCUGAGAAAUCAUUCGAGUUUUCGGAUCUAUUCACCAACAAGGAGUUCUUCUCGAUCAUCGUGUCGUUGUCGUCGACAUACGUCAUGUGGUUUAUCGCAUCACUCCUUUUCUUCGAUCCCUGGCACAUGUUCACUUGCUUCAUCCAAUAUAUCCUUCUCACUCCGACGUAUAUCAAUGUCCUCAACAUCUACGCGUUUUGUAACACGCACGAUAUCACGUGGGGUACUAAGGGUGACGACAAGGCUGAGAAGCUGCCGUCAGCAAAUGUGAAGCCCGGUGGGAAAGUCGAUGUCAACAUCCCACAGGAUGACGGAGACCUCAACGCUCAGUAUGAUGCCGAAUUGGCCAAGUUCGCGCAGAAACCUCCAAAGGAAGUCAGGACGGUCUCUGCAGAAGAAAAGCAAGAAGAUUAUUACAAGGGAUUCCGAAGUGCGGUCGUUCUGGUCUGGGUUUUCUGCAAUUUCGCUCUUGCAGCUGUCGUUCUAAGUGCAGCUGGUUUGGAGCGGAGAUCGGAUACCAGUACCGACUCCGAUACGGAUACGCAGAGAGCAACAAUCUAUAUGGCUGUCGUCCUGUGGAGUGUUGCUGGUCUGUCGGUGUUCCGGUUCAUUGGUGCAAUGUGGUUCCUGAUUGUUCGCAUGUUCCGUGGUGUCUAA